CGGAAAUAGAGCAGUCGGUCAUAUUUUAUUGACGGACACAAACAUUCAACUGCCGCACGUGUCUGUUUCCUCCCUCAGAAGACUUCCAUGGAGUCCAUUCUGCUCGGUCUAAAUGACGGAGAACUGGACCCAAACCGACACCGCACCACCUUUAUCACCAACAAGGUCGGUGGAGAACCGGACUGGUGCCACGGUCUACGCGUUCCCUGUCCCCGUUGUGCUCACUGCGGAGCCCCGCUGGCCCUUGUGGUCCAGAUCUACUGCCCACUGGACGUUUCACCUCCCUACCACAGGAACCUUCACCUGUUCGCAUGUCCAGCCGCGGGGUGCAACGGACGGGGACGGAGCUGGAGGGCGCUCCGCUCCCAGAGUCUGGUGGAUCAGGCGCGGACAAACAGCCACGCUACCGCGGCUCAAGAACCUCCUUUGUCGGCCACAGAAUGGUGUGCGGGCGCCGAUGACUGGGGGGCGGAGGAGGGGGAGAGUGAUGGAUGGGGAGCAGGUGUAAAAAAGGAGAUCCAGAGCCAGGUGAAAGAGAAGAAGGAAGCAGCUACUGAAACAGACGACAUGAAUCUAAAUUUUUGGAAAAACAAGGGGGCGCUGCUCUCAGCUCAGGAUUCCAGGACCUUUGUUUGGAAGGGUCACGUGACAACGCUCCUGUUUUCCACCCAUUCUUCAAUCAGCGUGAUAGAGGAGUCAGAUCUGGGUGUCAAGGGUGACGGGAACCAGGAGCACGUCCAGCAGCUGCUGAAGGAGUACGAACACAGAGAGGGCGUGGUCGUGGAAGAACUGGACCACGCCCAGGACGUCAGCAGCGGUGGCGAGGAGAAGUACGAGAAGUCCAGUGCCAGACACGGAGAUGCCAUCUUCUCCAGGUUCAUGAAGAGGAUCUCGCUGUGUCCGCAGCAGAUCCUUCGUUACCAUCGGAGCGGGGAGCCGCUCUUUAUCUCCGAACCCCCGUCCAACCUCACCCAGGUGGUGCCGGCGUGCAGCACGUGUGGUGGACACAGGACGUUUGAGCUGCAGGUGAUGCCGGCGCUGGUCAGUCUGCUGCGGAGGGUGGAUGGUGGUCCUGAGGAGGAGCUGGACUUUGGGUCAGUUCUGGUUUUCACCUGCACCAACAGCUGCUGGACUGAAGUGUCAGAGUACAAGGAAGAGUUCUGCUUUGUCCAGGAUGACCCUGACCAGCAGCUGUUUAAAUAAACCUCCAGAGGGCGCCACUUCUACACUGCGAAUACAGUGUUCCCUCUCUAUUUAAUUUCCAAUAUUUUCAUUAUUCUUGUGAUACAAAACAUUUUCUAACCUAAAAUAAUUAAACAGUAAAUAUAUAUAUAUAUAUUCUAAAAUAAUGGCACAUACGAAAGUGUUGGCUUUAAAAAUGGCUACGUUUACCUGGACAAGAUCGCGCACAGCAUUUUAUCGGCUGGUUCAGCGUUUACUUCUGUUCCUCACGCUGAUUGGCUCAUGCAUCGUAGCAUCUUUCAGCAUCUGCCCUUGUCUGAGCGCCAUCCGUUAUAUAGUAACUUAGUGUAAAAUCUGCUCUUGUGUUUGGUGAAAGUUGACCCUAAUCUAACGCUCUACGACGCCUCCUAAACUCUGAUCAUCUUCUCAGGCUUCUGAUACGAAGCCCAAACGAAGACACAGAUGACAGUUAACGGCCUUUCAUGUACUAUAUGACUAAUUGGGCUGUACUCUGUCAGAAUUUGUCAAUUUUCUGGGUAAUAGUUAAGAUAAUCUCUAAUCUCAAUCUCUAAUGUAAGCUAACUUUUAGCAGUGUGAAACAUGAAGGUGUUGUCCUGCUACGUUGUUUUUAACAUUCAGCUGUGGACAGUUUGAGGAGCGUCGGUUCCUUCAUUGCUUUUAAAACAAAUCAAAACAAA